CCCGCCGGCCGGUUUAAAGUUUCCCAGCUCGGCCUCUGAUUGGUCCGGGAAGUUUCUCCGGGCCGAAUAACUUCACAGCUCCGCGUCUGGAGGCGAGCAGAGGCGGCCGGGAUCCUGCGGAGCGCUUCAGGCCGACAUGGAGGCUGCCGCGGACAAAACUGCAGCUUCACAGCGGGAGGUUUAAAUAAUAAAAGCAGGUUUGGGAAUAAAAGAUAAAUAUUUUAGCGUCAACUGUGGUUGAAAAUGCCUGGAUUUGGUCGCUGGAAUAACGCAACCUGGAUUUUGCUUUUGGGCAUUUUUCACUCGUGUUUUUCAAGUUACUCUGAAGACCAGUGCAGCUGGAGAGGAAGUGGUUUGUCGCAGCAGCAGGGCAGCGUGGAGCAGAUCUCCCUGCACUGCUCUGAGGGAACUCUGGACUGGCUGUACCCCAAGGGGGCGCUGCGCCUCACCCUCACGCCCCGCCUGGCCCCCGUGGCGGCGGCUGGCCCCGGCGGCGGCGUCAUCACGGCCUGCGUGAAGCCGUCGGAGCAGUUCCACGGCGCCCAGCUGUACCUGGAGAGGGAUGGGCUGCUGGAGCUGCUGGUGGGGGACCGGAUGGAGGCGUCGCCCCCGCCCAGGGUCCGCUGCUUCAGCCGCACGCCGGGCGAGAGGCUGGCGCUGUUCCUGCAGGCCACGCCGCAUCAGGACAUCAGCAGGCGGACCGCCUCCUUUCGCUACGAGCUGCGGGGCGGCUGGACUGCGCGCAUGGCGCUGGACUCCAACGCCAUCAGCAGAGAAGAUGCCUGCCGGCCGUGCAACGAUACCGAGAUCCUGAUGGCGGUUUGCACCAGCGACUUCGUCGUUCGAGGGAACAUCCGGUCGGUGGAGGAGGACGAAACGCUGCGCGCCGCCGUGAUCAAGGUCAGCGCCACCCGUGUUUUCCGUCAGAAGUACACGCUGUUCACGGGCAGCGGUCGGCUGGCGAGCCGCGGAGAGGUGCGGACGCUGCUGCAGUGCGGCGUCCGACCGGGGCCCGGCAGCUUCCUCUUCACCGGCAGGGUGCACUUCGGCGAGGCCUGGCUGGGCUGCGCGCCACGCUACAAGGACUUCCAGAGGACUUACUCUGUGGCCAAAGCCGCCCAGCAGAUCCCCUGUGAACUUCCUGUAGACUGAGACGCUCGGAUGAGAACCGGGGCGCUGAACGCCACGCCGCCGCCGCCGCCAGCCUCAAAGUGAAUCCUCAGCAUGACUUCCUGGACUUGGACGAAAGGAUUUUAGCUUUGGACGUUUUUUACAAGUGCGUCGUCUGAGGCUCGUCGGUAUAAAACUCAGGAAAACAAGGAAAACUCCCACAGAAAUCCCACCCGUUGGUGCGGCUGUGGGCAUUUUCUUCAGUGUUUUUGGUCGGAUGACGUAAGAGUUGUCCUCUUAACGAGGAGGGAGGGCUGGACAAUAAAUCAGUAACGAUAAAUAUCACCACAUGGGAUCAAUACCAACAGAAAACACAUCUCACAGAAUAUUCACUGAACUCACUCGCUCUGGUUGCCUAGCAACCUGCUGUAAGAAGGAGUUUCAACUUCCCCCAAACUUCGGUUACCUAGCAACGAGCUGCUGAGUUUCCCCACUGUUCAUUAUAAUAAAAUAAGACAACACACGGAGUUAAAACAGGAGAGGGUUUCAGAUAUUUAAAACAUAAUCAAUAAUUAUCGAUAUCGACUGAUAUGAAACGUUUGCAUUGUGAUCGUCCAGCCCUAUGAGGAGGUUCGGUAAAAACCUCAUGAAAGGAAUCGCGGAAGAAUAUUUGCACUCAAAGGAAGAAGGGAAAAUGCUGCAAGCACUGAAAACCAAAUGAGAAAACAAAGCAACUAUAUGUAGCGUAGAAGAGCAACCGAGAAUUUAAUAUAUGUACAGAUGAUGUGAGAGCAGGUCAGGUUGCCAUCAUGGAUUUGAAAAAAUGUGUGUUUACUUUCUGCCAGAAUAAAUAAGUUGGAGAUUGGACAAAACAGCCAUGUUUUUUUUUUAAAUCAGCUUUUCAUAACAGCUGAAAUAAAUAAAAUGAAUAUCGACGUGUAUUAAUCCUCUGAAGAAAAAUUUAAUAGAGAUGCACCAACAUAUCUGGUUUCGACUGGCUGGCAUCUGAAAAAUCCGACAUUUUCCCAGCCAUUGAACACAACCAGGAGCUACCAGGUUUGCUCUUCAGUGUAGAAGCUAAUGCUGAGUGAAGAGGACUUAGCAUUAGCCACUGUAAGCUCUAGUAAGUAAGGAAAAAGUGUUUUCAGCAACAUAAUGAGUCUUGUUUGUGUUUCAUUGAGCCUUUGGAGAGACCUGGACUUUCAGUAGAAAACAGGAAGGCUGAACUCCUUCUGGGGUUUUCGGGAACCAGCUAGAAAUGCUAACAGGUUUUUGGAAAUUACAGAUAUUUGUUUCUAAACCUGGAAAGUUUUUAACUGAUGAAAAUGAUUGUUUCAAAUAAAGAACCACACAGGUGUAUUAUUCUAUCCAAGCUUUUCCCUCAUGAAAACAGCUUUUUUUAUUGUAAUUCUUUGUUUCUUUUGGUAAUAUUUUCACUUUAUUGUUGUAUUUUUUCCUAAAUCAUCUUGGUCUUGUCCCAAUAAGUUUAACAGUUUUCCAGGUUUCAUGUGAUCGUAAAAAACCUUCACACCAAAUUACUGUAAAAUGCUCAUACUGACAUUUUUAUGAUGUAAAUGUAUGUUAAUAUCAGACAGAAUGUAAAUAUGUUCAUAAGAAAUUUUAUAAAGAAAGAAACAAAAAAAAUAUUGUGGAUUAUUUUUACGUUCUGUUUUGUGCUAUUAAAAUAUCGUCUAAGAAG